CCUUGGGCGAGCUUCUAGUUUCGUAGCUCAACACUUAAACUAGAACCAUCUCCUCCCCCCCUCUCUCUUUCUACCUCAAACUCUCUCAUAAUCUCUCAACUUCUUCUAUUGGCCUUCCUUAGCAAGUAGUAACCUUACCCAGCUUCAAAUCAAUAUGAAGAAAGUAGUGUUGAAGGUAGAACUUUAUGAUGACAAAAUUAAGAAAAAAGCUAUGAAAGCAGUCUCUGGCCUUUCAGGGGUUGAGUCAGUCUCAGUGGACAUGAAGGACCAGAAAAUGACCUUAAUUGGAGACAUCGACCCUGUUGAAGUAGUGGAAAAGUUGAGAAAACUGUGUCAUGCUGAAAUUCUUUCAGUUGGACCUGCCAAAGAGGAGAAGAAGGAAGAAAAGAAAGAUGAAAAGAAGCCAGAAGAAAAGAAAAAGGAUCCAAAGGAAGAAAUGGCUGAAAUGAUGAGAGCCUAUGAAAACUAUUAUAGUCAGAUGAGACAGCCAAAUCCAUACUACUAUUACAGAACUGUGGAAGAGGAUCCUAGUGGCUGUGUUAUCUGUUAAAGUCUUGUUGUUUGAAAGAAAAUAAAUCAGAGCAAGAAGAAUUAUGGUUCAUUUGGAUUUUCCUUUUUUUCUUCUUUUAUUUGUUAGUUUUUGGAUGAAAGGGAAAAAAAUAGUUGUCUCUAAGCAGAGAAACGUGAUCUGUAAAUUAUUUUGUGGGGUAGCAAUAUUUUAAAUUUUGUCAGUCAACAUAUACAUUGUAUUCAAAGUUCUGGUUGCGUUAUCUUUCAAAUAACAAUUGAGAAAUUGGUUUAAUUUUA